UCAACUCUCAACACAAUAAUUGAAUCACAAGAGUCUCAAAAUAAAUACUUUCAAGGCACUCCAAUCUGACUUGUAAUAGCCAACUUCACAGGCCUUUUUGAGUUUGUUGAUUUCAUCUUUCAAACUGAAUAUAUUCAGUCUUUGCGCUAUGAUCACUGAAAAGAAAGCCGCAAAUGCUAUGGGAGGAAAGACGGCGAGAGCCUGCGAUGGCUGUUUGCACAAGCGGGCGCGUUGGUAUUGCGCCGCGGAUGAUGCGUUUCUUUGCCAAGCUUGUGAUGCAUCUGUCCACUCGGCGAACCAGCUCGCGAGUAGACACGAAAGGGUUCGACUUGAAGUUGCGUCAGCGAAGCUGAAUGGAGCUUCGAACGAUAAAGAUGUAGCUCCGGUAUGGCACCAGGGGUUCACCAGAAAGGCCAGGACCCCCAGGCCUAAUAAGAACUUGUUGAUGCGACAAGCUAAGGAAAAAGAGAAAGUUUCAAAUUUUAAUAAUGAUCCUCUUGUUCCUGAGAUUGGUAGUGAAGACGGGUCGCUAGAGGAGAAUUCAUCAGAAGAACAGCUGCUGUAUCGGGUGCCGGUAUUCGAUCGGUUUGAUUCGGAUUUAUGCUGUGAUAUGGAUGGAAGUGAAGGAACCGAAACCGCUAUGGUAAAGGAAGAAGAUCAAAACAUAUUUGUUGAUGGCUAUGGACAAGAAGGAGCUUCUGAUUUGGAUGAUUUACAUGGGUUCUUGCAAUCGGAUAUGGAUCUCGCUGAGUUUGCAGCUGAUGUUGAGAGCCUACUAGCUAGUGGGCUUGAUGAAGAUUGCAAAGAAGAAACUGAUUAUCAUGCCAAUGUUUUUUUCGGAGACAAAACAGUGAAGGUUAAAGAUGAAGAAGAAGUGGAAUUAGGUCUUACCGCUUGCCAUUUUGAUCCCGGUUUUAACAUAACAAGAGAAGGAACAGACUGGAACUUCGACUAUGGAUCAUCACUAGUACCCGAGGGAGAAGGAGAGGAGAAAGUGGCGCCUCUAGCCGAUACAGCAAUGAACAACGAAUGCAAAGUUGAGAUGAAGAGAAACGUAUCUUUGAGGCUAAAUUAUGAAGCUGUCAUCAAUGCGUGGGCAAGCCAAGGUUGUCCAUGGACAACAGGAACCCGACCGGAGGUUAAUCCCGAAGACGGUUGGCCCGACUGCAUGGGCAAUUGUUCUAAAGACCAUGUUCAUCACUUCUAUGGCGGAGCACUGCAGUGUCACGCAGGCGGUGAUGGCGGACGAGAAGCGAGAGUAUCGAGGUAUAGAGAGAAGCGUAGGACGAGAUUGUUUUCGAAGAAGAUAAGGUACGAAGUCAGGAAGCUGAACGCGGAGAAGAGGCCUAGAAUGAAAGGGAGGUUCGUUAAGAGGACUAAUAGUACUUCAUUUAUAGGGACUGCAGCUGCUCUUCGUCCUUACAUCAAGAAAUAAAUGGUAAUGGCCAAACUGAGAGAUUGCUUGUCUCUAGGUCAGGGUUGGUGUUGAUUGCUAUUAAUGGCUAGUUUUACUAUAAAAGGAAGCUGAAUAGGUAGAUAAAUAAAUAACUGUUGGGAGUACAUGCACAUAUGUGUAUAUCUAGAUCUCUAACAGGAAGAAGAAGAACCCGUUGUAAAAAGCUGAAGCACUGAGGGUUAGUGCGUUGCUUAAUUAACAAGCUGUAUGAACAAGAAGUUGUUAAUUUGUUGUUAACAAAGAUCUUGCUAAUUUUCAUUAAUUAGCCAUUAUCUUAUAUAUAUUCUUAAAUCUUCUGGCAUGAGUAUG